AUGUGGUCAACUUCUUUUGGGGACGAGGAUCUUAUGAUUGACCAGAAAACAUUUCCUCUUGACGAUUUAUCCACAGUUGAGUACAACCUCAAGAUGAGGUGGACAUUCGAGAAGGACAUUGACAUCCUCAAAUCUGGUCAGAAGGGGGCGUGUUUCAAAACUCUGGCACAAUACCCUGCUCAGCUGAUGUAUUUUGCUCCACUCAAACCAUCUAGCGUUGAAGCGAUAGAAGAACUUCUGCAUGCUCCUGGGAACUUUGAAUCUGAAAUCACCCAAAUCCAAAACUUGGAAUAUUACACUGGACAGUGUAAUUGAAACUGUGGGGCAUCCCAAGCAUCGAUGGUAUUAGCUCACUAAAAUACCGGACGUAGACUGACUUCCUCCUUGACAGAUUCUGAAAGUGCAAUACGA